AUUUUUCCGUGGGAGUUGAGAGAAGAUGGAGAGUUCUCUUAGGCUUUUGUUGGUGCUCAUUGCAACUGUGGCCAUCAUUCAUCUUGUUCAAGCUCAAGACCAACGAGGGUUUAUUAGUUUGGACUGCGGACUACCCGCGAAUGAAGUGUCUCCUUAUAAUGAGACGUCCACCGGAUUACAGUUCUCUUCAGACGCGGAGUUCAUCAAAAGCGGAGAAACUGGUAGAAUCCAAAAAUAUAUGGAGAGUGACUACUUCAAGCCAUACAAGACGUUGAGAUAUUUUCGAGAAGGCACACGGAACUGCUACAAUAUACCCGUGGACAAGGGAAGGAUGUAUUUGAUCAGGGCUUGGUUUUUAUAUGGAAAUUAUGAUGGUCUUGACAUUAAUCCCAAAUUUGAUCUGUAUCUUGGACCAAAUCUAUGGACCACGAUGGAUAUGCAAAAACCAGGGAACAAUGAUACACGUGAAGAGAUGUUACACAUCCCAACAUCAGACUCGUUGCAGAUUUGUCUUGUUAAGACAGGGACAACUACACCGUUCAUAUCCUCUUUGGAAUUACGGCCGAUGGGGAAUAAGUCUUAUAUCACUACUUAUGGCUCCCUAAAGCUUUUGCGUCGAAUAUAUUAUACCAAGUCUGAUGCUUACAUAAGGUACCCGGGCGAUGCAUAUGAUCGGAUAUGGAAUCCGCGUUCUCGGUCGUGGUUGACCCACAUAUCCACCACUAAAGAUGUCUCUAAUGGUGGUAACUACAAUCUACCAGAAGCCGUGCGACAAAAUGCUGCCAUUCCUACUAAUGUUAGUGACCCCUUGAGGAUUACUUGGACUUCAGAAAAUCCUAAUGACGAAUAUUACACGUAUGAACACAAUGCUGAGAUCCAAGACUUGCAGGCCAAUGAAACCAGGGAAUUCAUCGAGUUCUGGAACGGAAAUAGUAUUACUGACCCUAUAACUCCUAAAAUAUUAGAAAUAAAAACUAUUCAAAGUGUGACCCCGAGGACGUGCCAAGGAGGGGAAUGCAGUUUGCAACUGACAAGAACCGAGAGAUCAACCCUUCCACCUCUACUUAACGCUUAUGAAAUUUAUAGUGUCAUCCAAUUUAUGCAACCCGAGACUAAUGAAGACGAAGUCUUUGCUUUAAAAAGUAUCCAAGACACCUAUAAAUUGAGCAGAAUCAACUGGCAAGGUGAUCCAUGUGUCCCUCAACACCUUAUGUGGGAUGGUUUAAACUGCAGCGACACGAUUAUCUCCACAUCACCACCAAGAGUCACUUCUUUAAACUUGUCUUCCAUCGGUUUAACUGGAACCAUAGCAGCUGCUAUCCAAAAUCUUACGCAGCUUGAAAAUCUGGACUUGUCGAAUAAUAAGUUGACUGGAGAGUUGCCAGAAUUUCUAGGGAACAUAAAAUCGUUGUUGUUCAUAAACUUAAGUGGGAACAAUCUCAACGGUUUAAUACCUCAAACUCUUGAGAGGAGAGGCGUACUUCUUCAUGGAAACCCGAGGCUUUGUCAUUUUGGUUCAUCAUGCUCAAAACCACGUAGCAAGAAACUUCUUGUCGCAAUCGUUGCACUUGCAUCUGUGGUCAUUGUCAUUGCUACUUUGAUUGUUUUUCUUGUUCUCAAAAAGAAAAAGGUAUCGACUGUGCAAGCUCCACUACUACGACAGAUUAUGUCACCAAUGGUGAACAUUACAAGAUCUGAUUCACCAAAACCAUUAAUUGAACUCAAAACGAAAAGAUUUACUUAUUCAGAAGUUAUUACAAUGACGAACAACUUCCAAAGAGCUUUAGGUAAAGGAGGGUUCGGUAUUGUGUAUCACGGUAAUCUAAAUGAUUCUGAACAGGUGGCCGUCAAAGUAUGUAAUGAAUCAUCAACUCAAUUCGUUAAACAGUUUAAGGCAGAGGUUGAUCUUCUUCUUAGGGUUCACCAUACAAAUUUAGUAAACCUCGUCGGAUAUUGUGAUGAAGGAGAUCGCUUGGCCCUCAUCUACGAGUUUGUACCAAAUGGCGACUUAAAAGAACAUAUGUCAGGAAAACAUGGCAGACCUAUCAUCAACUGGGGUAUGCGGUUAAGAAUAGCUGUGGACUCCGCACUAGGAUUGGAGUAUUUACACAGUGGAUGCAAGCCGUCAAUGAUUCAUAGAGAUGUCAAAACUGCAAACAUCUUAUUGGGUGAGCAUUUCCAAGCCAAGCUUGCAGAUUUUGGGCUUUCGAGAUCUUCCCCAGUUGCAGGGGAAACUCAUGUUUCAGCAUCGGUGGUUGCUGGUACUCCUGGAUACCUUGAUCCAGAAUAUCACGAUACAGGUCGGUUGUCUGAGAAAAGUGAUGUCUAUAGCUUCGGAAUUGUGCUGUUGGAAAUGAUUACGAACAAACCAGUGAUUGAUGGAACCCGUGAAAACUCUAACAUAGCACAAUGGGUGAGGUUUGAGCUUAACCAGGGAGAGAUUACUAAAAUCAUGGAUCCAAACCUGUGUGUGGAUUACAACUCUCCAUCUGUUUGGAGUGCUCUUGCACUAGCAGUUUCAUGCGCAGAUCCUUCAUCAACGAAACGACCAACCAUGUCUCAAGUUGUUAGCAAACUAAAAGAGUGUAUCGAAAACUUGCGUGCAUCCUCUGAGUUACUCUGAAGUGAAAUUGUGUCUCAAAAAUUUGCGUGGACUCUCUGAGUUACGCCGAAGUGAAGAUGAGCUUAAUAAUAGCUUGUGUUGCAAGUCACGUUACCAUGCAAUUCUUUUUUUUUUUUUUGGUCAGGCAUGCAAUUGCAUAAUUUAUUAACGUUAUUGUGGCUGUUUAUU